GAACAUUUGCACGCAGGUAGCGCACGUGCGGACCAGAAAGCGCUAGGGGAAAAAUAGACAUACCUGAAAAAAAGCUCACGGACGAGGAGUGAACGCAUGUAGCCUACCCUGGGGGCGGUCAGAACAGAAUUCACAUUUCAUAGCUUAUCACCUCUUUUAUAUUGGCUGCCGCCGUAACACAUUUUUCUGCCUCAGUCAAGAUUAAACGAGGUGAAGGAAUGAAUCGCUCAAGGGAUGGGUGAAUGAUUACCAGCACGGGAUACACCCAACAUAGCGAGUCUGAAACUGAAGGAGCUGAAGAUAGUUUGCCAACAGCCCGCGAAGCAAGACACACAGGAAGGGUCCUUUGGGAGCAAUAUUACCUGUAAACAUAUGUUUUGAAAAGGUUUUCUGAGCUCCUCUCCUAUACCAGUGUGAAGGAUGCCAGCUACAGGACUGAAGACGUGGGUAUGGAAUCCUCUACUCUGUCUGGCUCUUAUCUCUCUCUCACCUGCACCAGCUCCAGCUCAGGGUCAAGUUGCCACUCCACGAAGACUUCGUUUCAAGGUCCUGAGCGCAACCCAGCUGCAUGUGUCAUGGAAAGAGCCGAAAGGAGACUUUGAAAGCUACAGAUUUAUUUAUAGCACACAAUCAGAUGCAGAGGAGACUGAACUAGACGUGACAAAGAAGGAAGCCAAAGUGAUCAUAGACUUUGACCCCAGACAGUUAUACACAGUCAAGGUCACUGCUGUGAAAGGUGCUCAGGAGAGCAAGCCACUUCUAGGAACAUUUGAGGCCCAACUUUCAGAGCCUGACGUUAAGAACGUACAGCCCCAGAAUGUACGCCCCAAAAACCAGAAAGACACCAGUAUCACAGAGGAGAACAAUGAGAUAUCUGAAGAGCAGUUCAUGUGUAAGACCCCGGCCAUAGCGGAUAUUGUGAUCCUGGUGGACGGAUCAUGGAGUAUCGGACGGAUAAACUUCCGUCUGGUCCGCAUGUUCCUGGAGAAUCUGGUUAGCGCCUUCCAUGUGGAGUUUGACAAGACACGGAUAGGCCUGGCCCAGUAUAGUGGUGACCCCAGGAUUGAGUGGCACCUGAACACUUUCACCACCAAAGAAGCAGUCAUCGACGCUGUGAAGAACCUUCCUUACAAAGGAGGGAACACACUGACGGGUCUUGCAUUGACGUACAUCCUUGAGAACAGUUACAAACCCGAGUCCGGAUCCAGGGCCGGCGUUCCCAAAAUUGGAAUCCUGAUCACAGAUGGGAAGUCUCAAGACGAUGUCCAACCCCCAGCGCGGAGUCUGAGAGAGGCGGGAAUAGAGCUGUUUGCCAUUGGUGUGAAGAACGCUGAUGAGAAAGAGCUGAAGGCCAUUGGCUCUCCUCCAGAGGAGACGCACGUCUACAAUGUGGCUGACUUCAGCGUCAUGAGCUCCAUCGUGGAGGGUCUGACCAGGACCGUCUGCGACCGGGUCGAACAGCUUGACAAAGCCAUCAAAGGCGACACAGGCCCAGAAGUCACCAUGGCCGCUCCCAGAGACCUGGUGACCUCGGAAGUGACGGCCAGGAGUUUCCGGGUGUCGUGGACCCACGCCCCUGGCACGGUGGAGAAGUACCGGGUGGUGUUCUACCCUGCCAGCGGGGGCCAGCCCGAGGAGAAGGUGGUGCAGGGCACAGUGGACACGGUGGUGCUCAACUACCUCCUCUCGCUGACUGAGUACCAGGUGGCCGUGUUCGCCAUCUAUGCCAGCUCAGCUAGCGAAGCCCUCCGAGGCAGCACUACCACAUUGGCCCUACCCAUGGUGAACAACCUGGAGCUGUUUGACAUCACCCACAAUAGUAUGAGAGCCCGCUGGAGGGUCGCAGAGGGGGCUUCUGGCUACAUGAUCCUCUAUGCUCCACUGACCGAGGGAGACGCCGCCGACGAGAAGGAGGUGAAAGUGGCUGAGACUGUGAACGAAGUGGAACUGGAGAACCUGACUCCAGACACAGAGUACACAGUGACCGUGUACGCCAUGUACGGAGAGGAGGCCAGUGACCCUAUGACCAGUCAGGAGACCACGUUACCCCUGACCCCGGCGCGGAACCUGCGCUUCUCCGACGUCGACCACAGCUCGGCCAGGCUCACCUGGGAGGCGACGUCCAAGAAGGCCAACGGCUACCGCAUCAUGUACGUCAAGACAAACGGAGUGCAGACCAAUGAGAUGGAUGUUGGCCGCAUCACCACCCUGUUGCUAAGGAACCUGACGUCAUUGACAGAGUAUACGGUGGCCAUCUUUGCUAUCUAUGACGAGGGCCAGGCAGAGCCCCUUACUGACAGCUUUACCACUAAGACAGUCCCAGAGCCUCUGAACCUAAAGACCAGUGAAGUCUCCACAGAGAGCUUCAGGGUCACUUGGGAACACUCAGCCCAAGACGUGGUCCUCUACAGACUCACCUGGACCCCAACCAGAGGAGGAGACACUAAAGAGAUGCUCGUGAAUGGUAACAGGAACAGCCACCUGCUGACUGGACUGAGGCCCAUCACUGAGUACGAAGUCUCUCUGAUUGCUGUCUUUAGAAACGAGGAGGAAAGCGACGCCGUGACCCUCACAGAGUCAACAGUGGCAAGAACAACGACUACCACAAAAGCUACUACAACCACAACUACCACACGAGCUACCACCACAGCAGUUGUGCAUCUGGGUGCGAGGAACCUCCUGCUUAGUGAUCACACCACCUUCAGCAUGGAGGUGUCCUGGGAGCUGCAGGACCGCAAUGUGCGUCAGUACCGCGUCGCCUAUGUCACCGCCAGGGGCGAUCGUGCCGAGGAGACGAAAAUGGUCCCCGGUGGUCAGAACAGCCUGCUGCUGCAACCACUACUGUCUGACACGGAGUACAAGGUGACGGUCACCCCGGUCUACACCGACGGAGAUGGCCCCGGUGUCAGCCGCAUGGGACGCACCUUGCCACUGUCUGCUCCUAGGAACCUGAGAGUGUCGGAGGAAUGGUACAACCGCUUCCGUAUCACCUGGGACACACCCCCAUCCCCAACUAUGGGCUACAGGGUCGUCUACAAACCCAUCUCUGCUCCGGGACCUGCUCUGGAGACCUUUGUGGGCGAGGACGUGAACACCAUGCUGAUCCUGAACCUGAUGAGCGGUACAGAGUACGGCGUCAGGGUCAUCGCCUCCUACACCACCGGCUCCAGCGAGGCCCUCACUGGCAAGGCCAGGACACUAUACCUGGGAGUGACCAAUCUGAACACCUACCAGGUGAGGAUGAACAGCAUGUGUGCCCAGUGGAGUUCCCACCGCCACGCCACUCUGUACCGUGUGGUCAUCGAGUCGCUGCUCAAUGGACAUAAACAGGAGGCAAGGCUGGGAGGAGGAGCCACCCGGCACUGCUUCAAUGACCUGACGGCUAACACGCAGUACAAAAUCAGUGUGUACGCCCAACUCCAGGACACAGAGGGGCCUGCAGUCACCACCACAGAGAGAACCUUCCCUGUUCCCACCCCGGCACCUACCAGGCCGCCCACUACCACCCCUCCUCCCACCAUACCCUCAACCAAGGAAGUUUGCAAGGCAGCCAAGGCAGACCUGGCGUUCCUAGUGGAUGGCUCCUGGAGCAUCGGGGAUGAAAGCUUCCUGAAAAUCAUCCGCUUCCUGUACAGCACCACAGGAGCCCUUGACACCAUUGGACCAGAUGGCACUCAGGUGGCCAUUGUCCAGUUUAGUGACGAUGCUAGAACCGAGUUCAAACUCAACUCCUACGACAACAAGGAGAGGCUACUAGAGGCCAUUAACCGCAUCUCCUACAAGGGAGGGAACACCAAGACAGGGCUAGCCAUCCGGCAUGUGAAAGACACCAUCUUCACGGUGGGGGGAGGGAUCCGGAGGGGCAUCCCCAAAGUAGUGGUGGUGUUGACUGACGGGCGCUCUCAGGACGAUGUCAACAAGGUCUCCAAAGAGAUGCAGAUGGAAGGGUACAUUGUCUUUGCCAUUGGUUUUGCGGAUGCGGACUACGGGGAGCUGGUGAGCAUCGCCAGCAAGCCCAGCGAGAGACACGUUUUCUUUGUGGACGAUUUAGACGCCUUCCAGAAAAUUGAGGAAAAGCUGGUCACCUUUGUUUGUGAGGCUGCCACUGCCACUUGUCCUUCGGUGGCGAUGAGUGGCAGUACCUUGCCAGGUUUCAGGAUGAUGGAGAUGUUUGGCCUGGUGGAGGGUCUGUAUGGACAUGUAUCAGGAGUGUCCAUGGAGCCUGGCACCUUCAACAGCUUCCCCUGCUUUCGACUGCACAACAACUCCCUCCUCGCCCAGCCCACCAAGUUUAUCCACCCUGAGGGCUUGCCCUCCGAUUACACUAUCACCAUGCUGUUCCGCCUGCUGCCAGAAACCCCCAAAGAGCCCUUUGCAUUGUGGGAGAUCCUCAACAAGGACAAUGAGCCCCUGGUGGGCGUCAUCCUGGACAACGGUGGCAAGACCCUCACCUUCUUCAACCACGACUACAAAGGACAGUUUCAGACUGUGACCUUCGAGGGACCUGAAAUCAAGAAGCUCUUCUACGGCAGUUUCCACAAGCUGCACCUGGCUAUUAGCAAGACCAACGCCAAGGCUGUCAUCGACUGUAAGCUGGUUGGGGAGAAGGCCAUCAACGCGGCGGGCAACAUCACCACAGAUGGCCUGGAGGUGCUGGGACGAAUGGUGCGCUCCCGGGGGAAGAAGGACAACUCUGCACCGUUUCAACUGCAGUCGUUUGACAUCGUCUGCAGCACGUCCUGGGCCAGCCGAGACAAGUGCUGUGAGCUUCCUGGUCUGAGGAAGGAGGAGGACUGUCCUGCCAUGCCCCGGGCCUGCACCUGCACACAGGACAGCAAAGGCCCCCCCGGCCCAACUGGACCCCCUGGAGGUCCUGGGAUCAGAGGAGGGAGAGGGGACCGUGGAGAACCAGGAGCUGUGGGGCCGAUAGGUCCAGUUGGGGACGCUGGCACUCCUGGGCUGCAGGGACCUCCUGGCCCCCAGGGCCCCAGCGGCCGCACCAUCAUGGGCCCCCCGGGUGGUCCAGGAGAGAGAGGUGAGAAGGGUGCAGCUGGCGCUCCAGGAAUUCAGGGCAUUCCUGGGUCUCCUGGGUCACCAGGUCGAGAGGGACAAACAGGAACAAGGGGACUGCCUGGUAAAGAUGGACCCCAGGGGCGAACAGGUCCUCCAGGGACUAUGGGCACUCCAGGAGCUCCCGGCUCACCAGGGUCAAGUGGACCUCAAGGGUCACUGGGAGACCAAGGACCUCCUGGUUCCGCCGGAAACAAAGGAGAGAAGGGAGAAAGAGGUGACCUGCAAUCCCAGGCAUCGGUCCAAGCAAUCGCCCGGCAGGUCUGUGAGCAGCUGAUACAGAGUCACAUGGCUCGCUACAGCUCCAUCCUCAACCACAUCCCCAGUGCACCCGUUUCGGUCCGCACCAUUCCUGGACCCCCAGGAGAGCCCGGGCGGCAGGGCGGCCAAGGACCACAGGGAGAGCAGGGGCCCGCGGGCAGACCAGGGUUCCCCGGGUCCAACGGAGAGAAUGGACAACCAGGAGCCAGAGGUUUGUCAGGAGAGAAGGGUGACAAGGGAAGCCCAGGUGUAGGAGUCCAGGGUCCCAGAGGCCCUGUAGGACCCCCAGGACCAACGGGUCAGGGGCGGACAGGUAGCCAGGGUCCGUCUGGUCGGCCGGGGAACCCUGGAACUCCUGGGCGGCCGGGUAUCCCUGGACCAGUGGGGUCGGCUGGACCUCCUGGAUACUGUGACCAGAACUCUUGCAUGGGCUACAACGUAGGAGUCCAACAGUAUGGGUAGUGAGCAGCGUUCAAAAGGGUUGUAGUGGAGGUGUUAGGAUAGAUAGGCUUGUCCCUUGGCCCUACUCCCUCGCUAUAUCACUGUCAGCAAUGACUACUGCCUUGUUUCCUAUAAGGCUGUCCCUCUCUUUGUAGAAACACAUUCUGCCUGACACAAAAACGAAUUUAGCCAUAAAUGCAUUUUUUUUAGCUCACCCCAUAUAAACUAAUAUAUACAGUUGAAGUUGGAAGUUUACAUACACCUUAGCCAAAUACAUUUAAACUCUGUUUUUCACAAUUCCUGACAUUUAAUCCGAGUAAAAAUCCCCUGUCUUAAGUCAGUUAGGAUCACCACUUUAUUUUAAGAAUGUGAAAUGUCAGAAUAAUAGUAGAGCAUGAUUUAUUUCAGUUUUUAUUUUUUUCAUCACCUUCCCAGCGGGACAGAAGUUUACAUACACUCAAUUAGUAUUUGGUAGCAUUGCCUUUUAAAUUGUUUAACUUGGGUCAAACAUUUCGGGUAGACAAGCUUCCCACAAUAAGUUGAGUGAAUUUUGGCCCAUUCCUCCUGACAGAGCUGGUGUAACUGAGUCAGGUUUGUAGGCCUCCUUGCUCGCACUCGCUUUUUCAGUUCUGCCCACAAAUUUUCUAUAGGAUUGAGGUCAGGGCUUUGUGAUGGCCACUCCAAUACCUUGACUUUGUUGUCCUUAAGCCAUUUUGCCACAACUUUGGAAGUAUGCUUGGGGUCAUUGUCCAUUUGGAAGACUCAUUUGCAACCAAGCUUUAACUUCCUGACUGAUGUCUUGAUGUCAAGCCCUGGCCAUAGAGAGGUGUUUAUUCUCUAUUUUGGUUAAGCCAGGGUGGGCAUUCUAGUUUCUUUAUUUCUAUGUUGGUGUGGUUCCCAAUCAGAGGUAGCUGUCUAUCGUUGUAUCUGAUUGGGGAUCAUACUGUAUAUAAGUUGUCCUUUUUCGUUUGUGUUUUGUGGGUAGUUGUUUUCUGUUUAGUGUCUGCACCUGACAGGACUGUUUCUGUUUUCCUUCUUUGUUAUUUUGUUCGAGUGUUUUGAGUAUUACAUUUAUCAUGAACACUUUUCACGCUGCGUUUUGGUACACUCCUUCAUACGACGAUCGUUACACUUGAGAUGUUGCUUCAAUAUAUCCACAUAAUCUAUUUUAUAUAGGACUCAUUUUACUGUGGAUAUAGAUACUUCUGUACCUGUUUCCUCCAGCAUCUUCACAAGAUCCUUUGCUAUUGUUCUGGGAUUGAUUUGCACUUUUCGCACCAAUGUACGUUCAUCUCUAGGAGACAGAACGCGUCUCCUUCCGGAGUGUUAUGACAGCUGUGUGGUCCCAUGGUGUUUAUACUUGCGUACUAUUGUUUGUAUAGAUGAACAUGGUACCUUCAGGCAUUUUGAAAAUUGCACUGAGUUUGAAGGUAGGCCUUGAAAUACAUCCACAGGUACACCUCCAAUUGACUCAAAUUAUGUCAAUUAGCCUAUCAGAAGCUUCUAAAGCCAUUAAAUAAUUUUCUGGAAUUUUCCAAGCUGUUUAAAGGCACAUUCAACUUAGUGUAUGUAAACUUCUGACCUACUGGAAUUGUGAUACAGUGAAAUAAUCUGUCUGUAAACAAUUGUUGGGGAAAAUGACUUGUGUCAUGCACAAAGUAAACCGACUUGCCAAAACUAUAGUUUGUUAACAAGAAAUUUGUGGAGAGGUUGAAAAACGAGUGUUAAUGACACCAACCUAAGUGUAUAUAAACUUCCGACUUCAACUGUAUUUUAUCCAAGGCUUCUCUAUGCUUCUGCAGCGAAUGUGUACAGUUUUUAUAUUCUAUAAGGAGCCAAUAGUUGAAUACUGAUUGUCAUUUGAUGCAUUACUCAGUUGCGCUGUCACAUACAUUUAAUUAGAGAUUCACUUAGACCUCCUGUCCCUGUCAGUGUAGCUCAUCCAUACCCCUCUUUAGCUCUUCUGGCCGCUUUGAUGUCGUCGCUAACACUGUUCCUCGUGUGUGUCUCUUCCUCCUUCCUGUCCUGUCCCGCUAACCCAAUCAAAAACAAACAAACAAA